UUUGCGGCUUCACGGGAGCGCUGUAAUGUGAAAAGCCGCAUUUGCACUAUUUAUACUCACACACUGAAAAGAAAAACAAGAGGGCACCCUUCCUUUCAUCUCACUGCUCUAGUCAUAUCCAGAGUGUGGAUUAACACAUUUAAGUGCUACAACCAUGUCCAAGCCAGCGGGGGGCGGUGCUAAUGAUGUCACCCGCUUCCUCUCUACGGGGGCGGGGCCUGGGUCACCAACCUCUACGUUCUCUGCCUCCAGCCAAGCUGAUUGGGCGGUUAAGAGGCUUGUCUGGGUGCCUUCAGAGAAACAUGGGUUUGAGUCUGCAAGUGUGCGUGAGGAGCGGGGUGACGAGGUGGAGGUGGAGCUAACGGACAGUGGGCGUAAACUGACACUUUCGAGGGAGGAGCUCCAGCGGAUGAACCCGCCCCGUUUCAGUAAAGUUGAAGACAUGGCCGAUCUCACAUGCCUCAACGAGGCCUCUGUCUUACACAACCUACGAGAGAGAUACUAUUCAGGACUGAUAUAUACGUACUCUGGCCUGUUUUGUGUGGUGAUAAACCCCUAUAAGAACCUGCCCAUGUAUACAGAAUCCAUCAUAGAGAUGUAUCGUGGGAAAAAACGUCAUGAGAUGCCACCACAUAUCUAUGCCAUAUCGGAGGCCGCCUACAGGAGCAUGCUGCAAGAUAGAGAAGAUCAGUCCAUCCUGUGCACAGGGGAGUCUGGUGCAGGAAAGACAGAGAACACUAAGAAAGUGAUUCAGUAUCUGGCACAUGUGGCAUCUUCACACAAGUCCGGCUCUCUGGGUCGGUCCAAAGACAUACAGAUGGAAGGUACACGCUCUCUGGGUCGUGGCAGUAGUGCUGUGAACAGGGGGGAGCUGGAGAGACAGUUACUGCAGGCUAACCCCAUUCUAGAGGCCUUCGGCAAUGCAAAGACAGUCAAAAACGACAACUCUUCCAGAUUUGGCAAAUUCAUCAGGAUCAAUUUUGAUGUUGCUGGAUAUAUUGUUGGUGCAAACAUUGAGACCUAUCUGCUUGAAAAGUCUCGAGCCAUUCGCCAGGCAAAAGACGAGAGGACCUUCCAUAUCUUCUACCAGCUCCUUUCUGGUGCUUCAGAGACCAUGAGAAAGGAGCUUCUGCUUAGCAGUGCGGAUCAGUACCGCUUCCUUUGUGGGGGAUCACUUCCUGUCCCGGGCCAGAGUGACUCAGAAAACUUCAUUCAGACAAUGGACUCUGUGACCAUCAUGGGCUUCACCCAGGAAGAAUCCACCUCUAUGUUAAAGGUGAUUUCUGCAGUGCUGCAGUUUGGGAACAUCACGUUUCACAAAGAGAAGAACACAGAUCAGGCCUCUAUGCCGGACGACACGGCUGCACAGAAACUCUGCCACCUGCUAGGCAUCAGUGUGCUGGAGUUCAGCCGAGCCAUUCUCACUCCCCGUAUUAAAGUGGGCCGCGAGUAUGUCCAGAAGGCCCAGACCAAGCAGCAGGCGGAUUUUGCAGUGGAGGCUUUAGCAAAGGCCACUUAUGAGCGUUUAUUCCGCUGGCUGGUGCACCGGAUCAACAGAGCCCUGGACCGCAGACAGAGACAGGGUGCCUCAUUCAUUGGGAUCCUGGACAUCGCAGGAUUUGAGAUCUUCCAGCUGAACUCGUUUGAGCAGUUGUGUAUUAAUUACACUAACGAGAAGCUGCAGCAAUUGUUCAAUCACACCAUGUUUGUUCUGGAGCAAGAAGAGUACCAGCGUGAGGGCAUCGAGUGGAACUUUAUCGACUUUGGUCUGGAUCUUCAGCCCUGUAUCGACCUCAUUGAGAGACCGGCCCAUCCUCCUGGCGUGUUGGCAUUAUUGGACGAGGAGUGUUGGUUUCCGAGGGCGACAGAUCGCUCAUUUGUGGACAAGCUGUCAGCUGAGCAGGGAUCACACCCGAAGUUUAUGCGGCCGCGACAGCUUAAAGCAGAGGCUGACUUCUCCAUCAUGCACUACGCUGGCAAGGUUGAUUAUAAGGCAGAUGAGUGGCUGGUGAAGAACAUGGAUCCAUUAAAUGAUAAUAUUGCAUCUCUUCUGCAUCAGUCAUCUGAUCCCUUCAUCUCUGAGCUCUGGAGAGAGGAUAUUCAAACACUUCCUCGUGUGUACUUCUUUGAUUCCUAUGCCACGCUGCAAACCAAUGGCACUGACAGCAUGGAGAGGAUUGUGGGUCUGGAUCAGGUGUCGUCUGGUGAGGGCAGUGGCACAGUGAGUUUUGGGGCAGCUGGAUUGAAGACAAAGAAGGGCAUGUUCCGCACGGUGGGGCAACUCUACAAAGAGUCCCUCACUAAACUAAUGGCCACCCUCCGCAACACCAACCCCAACUUCCUGCGCUGCAUCAUCCCCAACCAUGAGAAACGGGCUGGGAAGUUGAGUCCUCAUUUAGUUCUGGAUCAACUGAGGUGUAAUGGAGUUCUAGAGGGGAUCAGGAUCUGCAGACAGGGCUUCCCGAACCGCAUCCCAUUCCAGGAGUUCAGACAGAGGUAUGAGAUAUUGACUCCUAAUGCUAUUCCUCGAACAUUUAUGGAUGGGAAACAGGCAUGUGAGCUCAUGAUCAGUGCUUUAGAGCUAGACAAGAACCUUUUCCGGGUGGGACAGAGUAAAGUGUUCUUUCGGGCUGGAGUUCUGGCUCACUUGGAAGAGGAACGAGACCUGAAGAUCACUGACACCAUCAUCCGAUUCCAGAGUGCCGCACGUGGAUACCUCGCCAGGAGGGCCUUCCAUAAGAAACAGCAGCAGCUCAGUGCUCUACGUGUGAUGCAGAGGAACUGUGCAGCGUACCUGAAGCUCAGAAACUGGCAGUGGUGGAGACUCUUCACCAAGGUGAAGCCAUUGCUGCAGGUGACCCGUCAGGAUGAGGAGAUUCAAGCUCGUGAAGCUCAGCUACAGAAAGCCAAAGACCAGCUGAGCAAACUGGAGCUUGACUUUACUGAACUGGACAAAAAAACCCAACAGCUGAUGGAGGAGAAGGCGGUGCUGACCGACCAACUGCAGGCGGAAGCGGAGUUAUUUGCAGAAGCAGAGGAAAUGAGAGCACGGCUGGCCAAUCGCAAACAGGAGCUUGAAGAUGUGUUGGGAGAGCUCGAGAGCCGAUUGGAGGAGGAAGAGGAGAGGGCUGUCCAGCUGACCAAUGAGAAGAAGAAGAUGCAGCAACAUAUCCAGGAUCUGGAAGAGCAGCUCGAAGAGGAGGAGGGGACACGCCAGCGCCUCCAGCUGGAGAAAGUCACUCUGGAAAGUAAAGUGAAGAGUCUGGAGGCCGAGAACUUGACUCUGGGAGAGCAGAGAGACCGAUUAAGCAAGGAGAAGAAACAGCUGGAAGAGAGACUGAAUGAAGUGACAGAUCAACUCACAGAGGAAGAGGAGAAAGUGAAGAGUCUCAACAAGCUGAAAAACAAACAGGAAGCUGUCAUUGCUGAUAUAGAAGAGCGUCUGAAGAGGGAAGAGCAGGGUCGUCUGGAGCAGGAGAAGUGGAAGAGACGGAUGGAGGGAGAAGCAGUGGACGCACAAGAGCAGCUGUCUGACCUCGGCUUACUCGUCACAGAGCUGAGAGGAAGCCUGAGCCAGAGAGAGAAAGAGAUCACCACACUACAGACACGCCUGGAGGAAGAGGGUGCCCGGCGUACAGAAGCUCAGAGGGCUCUGAGAGAGGCCAUGUCUCAGGUGUCUGAGCUCAAGGAGGAGGUGGAGAAUGAACGAGGGAUGAGGGAAAGAGCUGAGAAACAGAAGAGAGACCUGGGAGAGGAGUUAGAAGCUCUGAGGACUGAACUAGAAGAUACACUGGACACCACAGCUGCUCAGCAAGAACUCAGGUCUCGCCGUGAGGCUGAAUUAGGAGAGCUUCAGAGGUGUUUAGAGGAGGAGACGCGUCGUCAUGAAGCCCAGCUCUCAGAACUUCGCAUCAAACACACUGCUGCUGUUGACUCCCUACAGGAGCAGCUGGACAACACCAAGAGAUCCCGUCAGUCUCUAGAGAAGGCGAAGGCUAUGCUGGAGGAGGAGCGCUUGAACCUGAGUGCUGAGCUGAAGACGCUGCAGGGAGGGAAGAUGGAGAGCGAGAGGGGCAGGAAGAGAGCAGAGGGACAAUUACAGGAACUCAAUGCACGCCUCUCACAGGCUGAGAGAGAAAGAGAAGAGAGAGAGGAACGACUCAGUAAACUACAGUCAGAGCUUGAGUCUUUAUCCAGCUCUCUCUCCUCAUCUGACUCAAAAUCUCUUCGUUUGAAGAAGGAGGUCAGCAGUCUGGAGAGUCAACUACAUGAUGUGCAGGAGCUCCUGCAGGAAGAGACACGGCAGAAGUUAGCAUUGGGCUCACGUGUUCGCGCUCUAGAGGAGGAGAAAGCUGGACUGAUGGAGCGAUUAGAUGAGGAGGAAGAGAAGACCAGAGAACUCACACGGCAAAUUCAGAACCAUACACAACAGCUGGCUGAUUUAAAAAGGCAGACAGAGGAAGUGAACACUGCUGUGGAGGCCGGGGAGGAGGCCAGGAGGAAGAUGCAGAGAGAGCUGGAGAAUGCUAUACAGAGAGAGAGAACCAAAGAGGAAGAGAAAGAACGAGUAGACAGACAGAAAGAACGACUGAGAGAAGAGAUAGAGGACAUGACCAUUGCUCUGCAGAGAGAGAGACAGAACUGUACUGCUCUGGAGAAGAGACAGAAGAAAUUCGAUCAGAGUUUAGCAGAGGAGAAGGCAGUGAGUGCUCGGCUGUUGGAGGAACGGGACCGUGCAGAAGCAGAGAGUCGAGAGAAAGAGACACGCUUCUUGUCUCUCUCUAGAGCGCUGCAGGAAGCCACAGAGCAGAGAGAUGAGCUGGAGAGAACCAAUAAGCAACUCCGCCUUGAGAUGGAACAGCUCGUCAACGCCCAAGAUGACGUGGGCAAAAAUGUUCUUGAGCUUGAGCGUUCCCGACGGGCUUUGGAAACAGAAGCCCAGUCUCUGAAAGAACAGACCCAGGAGCUGGAGGAUGAGCUGACAGAGGCAGAGAAUGCUCGUCUGAGACUGGAGGUUAUGCUUCAAGCCCUCAGAGCUCAGUUUGAGAGAGAGAUCAGCGCCAAGGAGGAGAAAGGAGAAGAAAAGAGAAGAGCACUCAACAAACAGGUACGAGAGCUGGAAGUAAUGCUUGAAGAGGAGAAGACUCAGAGAGCUCAGACUCUUACGUUCAAGAAACAACUAGAGACAGAGCUGCAGGAGGCGGAGUCUCAGGUGGAAGCAGCCAAUCGGGGCAGAGAGGAGGCAAUCAGGCAGAUGAAACGUCUCCAGGUUCAAUUGAAGGAGCUUCUUCGUGAGCUGGAUGAGACCAAACUGGCUCGAGAAGAGAUUGUCUCCCAAUCAAAGGACACCGAAAAACGCCUGCAGACACUGGAGGCAGAACUAUUACAGCUAACAGAGGAACUGGCUGUUUCUGAGAGGCAACGAAGGCAAGCUCAGCAGGAGCGAGAUGAAAUGGCGGAUGAAAUCGUCAACAGCUCAAGUGGAAAAUCUGCCCUGUUUGAGGAGAAACGGCGUCUGGAGGCCAGAAUCACUCAGCUGGAGGAAGAAUUAGAGGAGGAACAGAUUAAUGCUGAACUACUUGUCGAGAGACAGAGGAAGAGCACCUUACAGGUUGAGACACUCACAGUCCAGUUGUCAGGCGAGAAGACACUGGCACAGAAGAGCGAGAGCGCACGUGAGAGCCUUGAGAGGCAGAAUAAAGAGCUGAAAACUCGUCUCAGCGAGCUGGAGGGGGCUGUGAAGGGCAAACAUCGGCUCAGCGUUGCCGCUCUGGAAGCCAAGAUAGAAUCUAUGGAGGAACAACUGGAGCAAGAGAGACAAGAGCGCACCGUAGCCAGUAAACUGGUGAGGAAAACAGAAAAGAAACUGAAAGAGGUUUUGAUGCAGGUGGAAGAUGAACGGAGACACGCAGAUCAGUACCGAGAGCAGUUGGAUAAGUCUAUGGGUCGCCUCCGUCAACUGAAGAGGCAGUUAGAGGAGGUGGAGGAGGAGAACUCUCGCUCCAACGCUCAGCGCAGGAAACUACAGCGAGAACUGGAGGAAAUGAGUGACAGUAUGCAAAGCAUGAACCGCGAGCUCAACACUCUACGCUCACAACUCAGCGCCACAGAACGGCAGAAGUCAGAACAGCGAGCUCCACUGCCUAUUUCCAUGCGUGCUGGCCGCAGGGCUCUGGUGGAUGAUCUCUCUCAGGAGAACUCUGAUUCGGAGGAUCCAGGUGCUUCUCCCACCCCGUCCAGCGGCCCACCGGGGACCCCCACAACCUCAGACAACGCCCUGGGCCCCCCGCCCCCCUACAGUCUUACAGAUGCUGAAUAAGAAGGGGAGAGUGUGAAAGAUGGACAGAUUUAAUCGCAUAGCUUUGCAAUCGUACACUCAAUGCUGCAGAACAUCCGUGCAGUCACAGACAACAACAGAACUAGAACACAGAAAACUAGUUAAUGAAACUAGUUAGUGAUUUAUCAAUGUAUUAUGAACAGAAGAAUUAGCAUGCAAGAUGGAGAAAAUCAGAUUCAGUACUCUUACUUUUUAAACCAACCAAGCAGUGAGUAAACACUGUGGUUUUUGUUUUAAGUGGGGGAGAAAAAAAACACUACUGUACUGUAUAUUGGCUGAGCCUCAUAUCAGUGCAGUAUAUAUAUCAGGCUUGUUGUGGCGCAAUUGCGAUGGCCACAUUAAGCUCUCGAUCAAUUAAUCAUAAGCCAUUUAUUUAAGGAAAAUUUGCAUGUUGAUGGCAAUCAAAUGGAAAAGGCCAUCAGGUCAAAUUCAUCAGCUUUGCUAGCAUAAGCCAUUGAACCUUCAAAGCACCGAGAACCUUUCUCUCUCUCACUCCUAAAGUCAUGUUUCAAGAAACUGAGAAUUGAACAGGUACAAGAGUAUCUCUGGUAUUUAAAAAAAAAUCUUUGUUUAAAAUUUUUAGCAGUGAUAGCAGAUUCAGAUUAAUAGAACAUUACUUUUCAUCAAACAUGAAUUGGCAAAGCUGAUGCUAAUGCACCAAGCUAUGAUUGUAUAAAACAUAAAUGAGAAAGAGAGAAAUGCGGUAACACUUUACAAUAAGGUUCUAUUCGUUAGCAUUAGUUAAUGGUUUAGGGAUCAUGAACUAACAAUGAACAAUAUAUUUUUUUUACAGCUUUUGUUAGUUAAUAAAAAUACAAUUGUUCAUUGUUAGUUAGUUAGUGAUUUAACUAAUGUUAACAAAUACAACGUUUGAUUUAAAAAAUGUAGGCCUAUAUAUGUUGAAAUGAACAUUUACUAAGAUUAAUAAAUGCUGAAAAAGUAUUGUUCAUUAUUAGUUCUUGUUAACUAAUGUUGUUAACAAAUGGACCAAACCUCUUUGUAAAGUGUUAUCAGAAAUGCUUUCUAUUAGAUGAGUAUGUAACAAAUUUGAGCCAAACAUGCUAGCUUUUAUAUCUUAGCCAUAAACUGAUAUCAAAGGUCAUAAGAAAAGAAUUGGCAUAUAGAAACUAAAAUAUAAAUAAAAGGUAAACCAUACUAUGGUACACAAACAAAUCCUGGAUUUUAAGCAGAAAACAAAGAAAAGCAGCCAGUGCUGACAGAUUUCACUUCCAUGUAGAUUUAGCAGUAAUAAUUCUUAGAUAUUUUUAAUUUUCCUGCUAUAUAAUCUCAUCAAAGAAUUAGUAGUAUUCCACUCAACUUCUCAUUAAGUUUAGGGUAUCCUUACCUUCUUAGAUACUGUGCUUCGAUAGUUACCUAGAUAGCUAGGCUUUUGUUGGUAUAGUGAAAUAUAAGUAGUUAGGAUUUCUUAAUUUAUGUUUUAACACACCGGCUCCAGUUUCAGACUACUGACUUGUUGUAAUUGUAAUCAAAUAAGAAAAUUCCAGUAUGCAGUCUAUUUAUUUUGUUUUGUAUUCUUUUUGUGUCUGCACAUAGACAUGUCAUGUUUGUUGUAUAGUUUGCAAUUUUGUUGAAAACAGGACUAAGUUAAAGGCAAUACAAAGGGUAAGGAUGGGUUUAUACCUUAACAGGGUAUAGUUUUAGUCAAGAACACUGGACAGAAAUCUAACCAGAAGCUGCAUCUGCUGAAAAUCACACAUCUGUAAAUGCUUUAGAGACCGUUUUGAGACAAUGGACACAAAAGUAUAGAGUAAGAAAUCUGUAUUGAGAUUUCAAGGAGUUUCUUUGUCAUGGUGUGAAAGACAUGGACAUACAGUAUGAUUCUUAUUACAUGUUUUUCCCUGGGGUUGGAGGCUGCUAGUUACUUUACUCCUUAAUUAUCUAAACAAUAUCAAUGUAACAUUGUUUUUAUAAAAAUGAUAUUGUUUUCUAUUUUCUUUUUUUGGAAUGUGGUAAAUACUGUAUUUACGGAACAAAGCUUUUAUGUUGAACACAAUCUAGGGCAAAGAGAUGACUAAAGGCACAUUAUUUUAGUUGUAUGCAUACAGUGCCUGUAGUUUAGGCUCAGAAAGGAGGACAUACAGUACCUGCAAAAAAUUACAAUGGAGUCCAUUGAAAACCAUUGAAUGAAUUAAAGAACUAGGAGGGUUGAAAUCUGAUAUAUAUAUUGCAUAUUUACACUACUGGUCAAAAAUUUUGAAACACUUGACUGAAAUGUUUCUCAUGAUCUUAAAAAUCUUUUGAUCUGAAGGCGUAUGAUUAAAUGUUUGAAAUUAGUUUUGUAGACAAAAUAUAAUUGUGCCACCAUAUUAAUUUAUUUCAUUAUAAAUCUAAAAUGUAAUUAAAAAUUUUUUUUGUUUUUUAAAUUGAUGACUUGGACCAAAUAAUAAAGAAAAGCAGCCAAUAAGUGCCCAACAUAGACGGGAACUCCUUCAAUACUGUUUAAAAAGCAUCCCAGGGUGAUACCUCAAGAAGUUGGUUGAGAAAAUGUCAAGAGUACAUGUCUGCAAAUUCUAGGCAAAGGGUGACUACUUUCAAGAUGCUAAAAUAUAACACAAUUUUGAUUUUUUUAAUAUUUUGUUUAGUCACAACAUAAUUCCCAUAUUUCCAUUUAUGUUAUUCCAUAGUUCUGAUGACUUUAUUAUUAUUCUAAAAUGCGAAGAAAAAAAUUAUAAUAAAGAAUGAGUGUUUCAAAACUUUUCACCGGUAGUGUACGUCUCCCUAAACACAAACAAUACAACUUUAGACUUCCUACUCAUUGAUCCUUUUUUCAUACAGAGAGUAAUGUAAUGCAUUUUAAAUGGCAAUUGGGCAAUUAUUAUUAUUAUUUUAGAAAAUAGUAGGAGUUGUGGAAUGGUUAACACAAGGCUUGAUAUUUCAGCCGUUGUUACAGGAGAGUAAUUAUCUGGCUUACAAUAUUCAGCAUACUGAAGUGUUUUCUUUUAAUUAACAAAUUAUUGGCCACAUCAAGUGAAAGUUUUUCUUCAGUGUAGUUUUGUCUUGAUCAUUUGAUCAUUUUGAUACAUUGCUCCUGGCAUACAAGCUAGUUUUUAACAUUAUACAUUUUCUUGAACUUUUAACAGCGUUAAAGUGUGAAUAAUAAUUGUGUACCAGCAUUCUAGAAUUAGAAGAAAUGUCUGGCCUGCUCAGUGUGCCACUGACCUUCAAAAUGUUUUAGCAAAUAAUGUAUUUGUUGACAUCUUGUUAAGGCACAAAAUGUGCUUAUUCUCUAACAAGGUUUACUGAUUUACUGAUGUGUUGAAAGGUUUAUUAUUACACUGUUAUUACUGCAGUUAUUACGUAUUUUCUGGUCCAGACACAGUUUUUGUCAUCUACAUAAAUCAAUAAGCAGGGCUGCAUAUCACAUGAUCAGAUUCCACUGUACCGAUGUAGAUUGCACUUUACUUUUACUUUACUUGAAUUGUUUGACUUGCACUAAUAAUCUUUGGUUUUAAAUUUGGUGUGUUUUUGUUCGCCGUACUCUAAAAUCAAGACAAUGUUAUGCAGUUGUAAAAUGUUGAUUAAAAGGGAGGAAACCAUGCUGUUAAAGACAAACAAAUCUGAAUGAAUUGCAUAAAGAAGCCAACAGAAUCUCCUGAGCCUUGUACAAAAGACGUUUGAUUCUACUUCUUUGUCCAUGUUAGAACAUUUUUCCUAAAUUACAACAGCCUAUAAUUUUUCUGAUUUAUCUGACUGUUUGUCUUUAAAGCGACUCAACAUUGCUGCUAUUUUUUUUGUUUGUUUGUUUGUUUGUUAUUUUUUUUGCAUUUUGUCACUGACAAAUGUACACAGACAUUUCAUUGUAAUUUAUUUGUACAUUUAAUAGAUGCAUUUGCAGAGCUGUUCAAAUCUCCAAAGCUCAGAUUUGGAAAAACAUUCAAAUUCAGAAACCACUCAUAUUUCUCUGAAUUCUAAAUUCCAGUUAAAUUAAUGAGCCUUGUUAUACUUAGCCUGUGCUUUUUUAAUGCAGCUUUUAACAAGUGUAAGAGAAGUGGAUUAUAGCAUGUAUGAAAAGGAAUCAAAAACCCAGUGGAGAUACUUGUAUGUAAUUAAGGUUUGUUUCUGAAGAGGAUUGUGUGCUUUUUUGCAUCUGUGGAACUUGAAUUUUUAACCAUGUCGUUUAUUUGAUCUUAUGGUUUACUUAAUGAUAAAAUGAGACUGGGGUGAAUUUUAAUAUACCUUUGGUUUUGAAGUCAUUGUGGUUUAUUUUUAAUCACUUGAAAAAGCACACACUAUCAACUAUUCACCUUCAACACAGAGCAUAUUCAAAUUCAGAAAUAUAUUAUGUAACAAAACUUUACUCAUACAUUUCCUUUCAUUGCAGACACUCCAUUUAACUUUAAUUAAACAUUAAUUAAAAACUAAUUUCACAACACAGACAAGAAAAUUUCACAGAAAUUAUUAAUAAAAUCACAUCAUGGUCUUUCAGUUAGCAUAAGAAUUAAACAACCCCAAAUAUAAUCAAAUUCAUGAAUGCAGUUAACAAUUACAGUACUGUUCAUUUAUCAGCAGCCUACUUUACAAAUGUGUUAGUCAUGCUAUUUACCUCUUCAUCUGCCACAAUAUUACUGAACAACCAAUCAUCAUCUAGAGGUGGAGUUGGAAUUAGAGUGGGGUGGAUCAUAUGAAGUGUAGCAGGGAAAGAUCUAGCCACGCCCUCGAAGUUGUGCCUGCUCAGAUUGCCCCUAAAUUUAGAGUAAGAACAAAAUUCUCCUUUAUGGUAACAAAAGCCUUCAAGGCAAGAGCCAUGCAUUACUGGGCACUGGAGACCUGAUCCACUCCUGUUGCGAUUCUCAAGCGGUACAAUAUUUUUUUCAGCAUUUCUGAUAUCUGUUUCUUGCAACAUAAGAAACCGAUCUGUUUCUUGACUUUGCGAAUGGCUUUUGUAUGUGUCAAAUAGAAUCCUUUUUGACUGGGAGUCCAGCUGAUUCUCAAGCUCUGGGAAUAUGUGGUGGUCAAGAGAAUGGCUUGAAAUGAUACAAUCUGAGACAGUUUGGCUGCUUACAGACAAACCUGUAGCUGAAUAACA